CGCCAGUAGACACAGAAGAAUAUCAGUCAAGAUACCGAGAAAUUACACAAGAGUACAAAAUAAUAUCCAAUACCGGCAAUACGAAGUGACAGCAAGGUUGUUUAAGCUUAGAUAUUAUAUAUGAUAAGCGGCCCGUGAGAAGUGACCCGUGAAAGUAGCGCUGUCCUACCUUUCGAAAGCAAUUCGGCCAAUAGCAAAGAAGUCUGAAAAUAACCUGUAUCUGAGAAGGGUGGAUACCGCUACUUAUACUUAUGUAAGCACUGACAUGGGGGAGCUGGAAGUUGCGACUGCGCGUGCCGAGACGUACGUAACCAUCUUCAUCUUCAGCCUUACCAAAAUACAAUUGAACAAAGAGGCAAACUUAUGCAGAGCUUCUACGUGGUGCAGAAGACGUGCUUGUUACCGAGACUUGCCGUUUCUGAUAGCUCUAUAUAAACAGUCUCUGUCGAUUCUUUCUCUCCCUUACAACUAAUAAUCGCACACGAACGCGGAUUGCAGAGUCGGAUCAGCCCGGUUUUAGAAUCUACCAGACUUGACCUCAUAUCAUGUCCUCCUGGUAGAAAGGAGUAUUGCGCAGUACCGCCAGCAUGAUGAGCACCACAAUAUCCGUAAUCAAGACGCUUAUAAUACCCGCCGUCAUCUCCCUCAUCCUCUUUCUCCUAUCCACCUACGUGUUUGUCCCAUUAUGGCGGCAUUACCAUGCGCGUUAUAGCCAAUACCUCCCUCUCGACACGAUCUCGAGCCACACAGUAUCCCUGCGCGUCAGGGUGCAAGAUGCAAUAGCCCGAUGGAUGGUCCCAUCGAGGUGGCGCAUUAAUAUGCAUGAUCGCGUGGUAGUCGGAGCCGAUGACGCAUCCGAUAUAGGUUUCAGCUCCGAAGAAGGCGAAGAAUUGGACGAAGUCGACGAUGAUCGCCGGCACGCGCUAUCGUUAGAUACCCACGAUCCCGAGCGUGCGGACAGCACAAGAAGACUAAGCAGAGAUUUAGAGGAAGGCUUCCGAGAUGAUAGCGAAGAGGAAAACGACGCGCGUCAAAGCAGGCGGUAACGACCCCCGUUGUUAGAUGAUGAUAUUAGCAAUACGGCUUUGGAAUAACUACACCAUCAUUGGGCGAAAUGAUUCGCCGCUGUUUUAAUACAUGGGAAGGCGUUGGAAAACUACUACAUUAUUAAUUGGUCAUAAUUCUGCUUGGUACCAGCUAUACUGCAACGCGCGGCGCAGGAGGAUCUUGUAAACAAGUCUAGUGAGUUUGGGGUUUCGAAUGGAUCUUCAUUCUUUAGGGCUCGGCCUAUGCAUGUCUCUAACUAUAGGUGGUUUGUUUCGAGAGCGACGUUCAGGGUUUAUUAUGUCAGAUGGGUUCAAUUAUCUGCUCGAGUCCAUAUUACUGGAUAGACAUGACGGGGUGACUUAUACGUUGGUAGACACCAUCAUGAAGCAUUUCCCAUAGAUUAUCGAGGAAUAAACUGACAGUCCUCGCAAACCCCAGACCAAGCUAACUUUGCUAACUUUACUUCUUACCCAAACAAGUGACGGGCAGUAUUUCAAUACGCAGAGAAUACUACCUCCUUUUGUGGAUACCUAGGUAGCGUUAUAGUUUGGGACGACAUAUACUAAGCCUGUCGGAUGAUUCUAUAUGUCGAACAGAUAAUGCCCG